AUGACUUAUCGAGAGAAUAAUAUAGUGUUAUCACAAAUCGUGAAUUCUACACCUAGAUCAUCGUUUUUUGAUGAAUUGAUUGAAAUACCGAAUAACACGGUAUUGCUGUCUCAUGACUUGUUCAAGAUCAAUAAAAUAGUGGAUGAUAUAUUUGGCUACUUAUCGGAAUUACUAACGAUGUUUCGAGAACUUCGAAAUGAGAAAAGGGUAACGGAGGAUAAAAGGUGGUUUUUUGAAGGUAGGGAUGGCAUAUAUGAGUUGGUUCAAAACAUAGAGAAUAUAGACUCUAUUAUAUCACAGCUUUUGGGAACGGUGGAUGCUCAUGCGCAUGGCCUUCCUGAUUUCACGUCGAUGCUCGGAAAGUUUGAAGAGACGAGCGAUCUAUUGUUGGAGGUGAAGAAGUUUCUAAUCGUGUUCAAAAAGAAAGUAGAUAUUGCUAUAAAUUUUGUGGAAAUUAAUGAUGACAUAAUAGAGACUCUUACUUGGGAAACAGAACAAUGUAUUGAUAUUUAUCGGAAACUACUGGACAUGAAGUUAUCCAGCCCCAAGCGACAUCUAAGCAAGUUCAAUUUGGAAGUAAUCAUAUCUAAGAUGAAAAUAAAUAACCUCACAUCAACUAAUUUUUCGACAAAAUCCUUGCGCUUACCAACAUUUAAUGAAUUGGAUGAACAUUUAUAUAAUGAGUACCUCGAUUUAGAGGCCAGAAUCUCACCCCUUAAAGUUUCAUUAGAAUACUUACCAUUCCGGAUUGAAGAAUUCAAUAUAUUCUGUAAAUCGAUAUCGGUUUCACAUUUAUUUCCUAACUCACUACCGGAGAUUGAAAAGAAUCACACAAAUCUUAUGAAAAGAUGGGAAUAUUUACAAAACGGAUUAAGGAUUAUAAAAAAGGAGACAUUAGAUUCCAAGUGGAAUGAUUUAUUUACAUACUUAAUUCAUGAAAUCAUUUUCAAAUGUGAUUUUCUUAUCGAUAGUUUGCAGGACAAACAUGAUGAGCAAACAUUAAUUACAGAUGAGAUUGGAACUAUGUAUAAACUAUGUUCUAAUUCUAUUACAUUGAUUAUUAAGGCAUUUGCAGAAUCCACUAUUUAUGAAUCUUCCUUGGCGUCUUUAUUUAACGAAAGUCUUGUCCCUAAAUGGCAAAUUCUAAAUGAAUUACUUUCAGGUUCAUUGAAUCCAUCAGGCACUAUAUCAAACAUUGCUUCUGUUUCAGGUUUAAAUGGUAAUAACUUGAAAGCUUAUUAUACUUUCAGAAGAUCACCAACUCCGGAGAGCUCAAAUAAAGAAGUAUUCCCCAAAAAAUCUGAUCAUGGUUUAGGUAUAGAUUUGGGUGUGGAUGUUGCGUCAUCCAGAGUUGCUUUCAGCAUUGAGAAAAAGGAUAGAGUGAAGAACUUCCUCAAUGCGGAACCUAGCAAUAAUACUAAGAGAGAUUUGAAACAAUCCUUGAUUAAUAUAGAGAAUGAUGCCAACACAAAAUUAGAAUUUCUUGAUAAAGGCGAUAAUGAUUCAUUUAAAGAAGAUGAUGAAAUUACAUUGGUUAAUUCGAAAACUCCCAAGCUUCCAUUUGAGAUCGAUAAUAUUAACCAUAAAGUCACCAAGCUCAAAAUUCAAGAUACAUAUGAAUCUGAGAAAAUAUGGAACUCUGUAAUAAACUCCAAGUUUAGUUUUCCUUCACGAAUUCCAAUAAUACUGGAAGACUAUAUUAACCAAGGUUUACCUGUCAUAAAGAAGAAGUAUCUCACUAAAGCUAAGCAUUCAAGGAUCCCUACAAUUAGUCCUAAUCAUCCCAUAUUUAUUGAUUCUCCCGAAAGACCAAGCGAAAUAAUUUCCUUAAAACCACCAUUAUUCUUGAUUAAUAGAUCAAAUACAAUAGUUCACCCAUCACCGACACCGACCAGAUCAAGAAUACAACCAGAUGAAGACGAUGUAUUCCGCAAACCUUCGAGAAAACCGUCCAUUAUUCGAAGUACUAACAGCAUAGUUUCUGGUCAAUUAUCAAGAACUUCAUCCUUAAGCGAGACUACAACUCCAAAUCUUGUUUAUCAGCAAUCACCCACCUAUAGAUCUACAUCUCCUGAUAGACCGUCGUCUGUAAUAGGCUCGAGAUUCGAUCAUAAGCAUUUAGUACACCCCAUCAAAAGCCCUAAACCUGAUUGGAAAUAA